AUGGAUCUGGAGCCCGACACCAUGGACUCCGUCAGAUCCGGCCCCUGCGGCCAGAUCUUCUGCCCCGACAACUUCGUCUUCGGCCAGUCCGGUGCCGACAAAAACUGGGCCAAGGGCCACUACACCGAAGGCGCUGAACUCAUCGACUCCGUCCUCGACGUCGUCCGCAAAGAAGCUGAGAAUUGCGAUUGCUUGCAAGGCAUCUUUUUCCCGUCAACCUCAGGGCCUACAAACAUCAGUUCAAGGAUCACCAUCAAGUAUUCACCAAAGGAUACGACGCCGACCUUCACAAAAGACGCCAACAUCUACUCAUCUCGAUUUGAAGACACCGUCGAGUUCCUCAAAUCAGUGAGCGACAUCGAGGGCACCGCUGAGUACCUCAAGUCAAAACUAAGGGUCAUUGUUGAGUAUCUGCCAAAGAUUCUGACGUCCACCUUCAUAAAGGGCGUGAACACUCAUCUUGAUUUGAAGACACCAUCGAGUUCUUCAAAUCAAUGA